AGAGCCGUGCCAGUCUGACACUGUCAGAAAAAUCCCUGCUGACAAGUCCCGCCGCCCUCGCCUCCGCCGAGCUCGGUCGCCGUCAAGUCGUCUCUUUGAAGUCACGGUCGCCGCCCUUGUUCGCCGGCGGCUGUUGGGUCUACUUCUAAACGGAGCUCAACCAUCUGUCCCGGUGCUUUCUCUCGUCGGAAUCGAACUUUGGUUGCAGUCUCACGCUUACCAACCAUCGAAAUGUCUCAACCGGAUAACAAGCCGGAAGGCGUGGAAGACCUGGAGAGGAAAAUGAAGAAGGAAGAGAAGGCAAGGGAGAAGGAAUUGAAGAAACUCAAGGCUGCCGAAAAAGCAGAGCUGGCUAAACUUAAGGCUCAGCAAGGUGCUGAUGCCCCCAAAAAGAGUGCAAAAAAGAAUAUAAAGCGAGAUAUAGGUGAAGAUAAUCCAGGUGAUUAUGUCGACCGAGAGACUCCAUUUGGCGAGAAGAAAAGGCUAUCCCGCCACAUGGCAAAGCAGUAUAAUCCAAGCACCGUUGAGAAAUCAUAAAAAUGAACUCGUCUUCUGUUUACGCUGUAUUCACAUUAUUAUUGUCUCUCAGAAUUUUUUGGACCCACUUCCUGUUGAUUUAGAUGGUAUGCAUGGUGGGAGAAGUCAGGCUUCUUUGUGGCAGAUGCCAGCAGCCCAAAACCGCCAUUUGUAAUUGUGAGUACUUUCUACUUCUGGACACUUUUCUUAGAGUUAUUGUUUGCAACUUGGUAUCAGUGAUUGAGUGAGGAUCUUACUGGGGAUCUUAAGAUUCAAUUCAGUAAGUUCUGUUCACCGGUUUGGGUUCUCCUGGAAAAUUUAUAGUGUAAUUGCAAAUACAUAGACUUCACUUGUUUACUAUGUAUUCUGUUAUUUCCCUUUCAAGGAGGCAUGCUUUUUGAUGGUUCCAUGCUUUUCUUUCUUUCUUCCUUUCUUUCCUUUUUCAUUUUUUCCUAUUUUGACAGCACCAAUUUAUAAAACUAUUUGCAAUCAUAAUUGACAGAGGAUUAACU